GAUCGGGAAAAAAGCUGGGAGACCUGUCAGAUGACUGGUGCAGCGAAAUUGACACUGGUGCAUCCUUUGUUCCUGUGUCACGAAGCGAUAUAUGGUGGUGGUGCGGCGAUAGUACUAUUUUUGAUCGUCUGCUAAGAAAUCGAACGGGUAAUUGUGCUUUAGUCACCCUAAUUUUGCCCACCUCCAUAUAUCCUGUGACUACCAUGAAUCUUGUGGAUAGGGCACAAAGUGUGUUGCCGGUGGGAUGGGUUAAAGUCGGUAGAACCAAAAGAUCUUUAAAUUGGAAAGGCGACAGUGAUCCGACUUACAUAGAUGCAAUUGGAGUGCCCAGAGGGGUUCCUAGUGAAUACAAAUUAGUAGACCAAAUUGCGGCAGGAUGGGAGUCCUCCAUUUGCUGGUGGUGUACGGUGAACAAGAACGUAGACAGAAUAAAUUACAUCCACUACAAUGUGCAAAAAUUGGGCAAUUGGACACAAGCAGGGCUUGAGGCAGUGCAUGAACAGCUAGCCACGACCUCCCUAACGGCAUUCCAGAACCGUAUUGCUCUUGAUAUGUUGUUGUCUGAGAAAGGAGGGGUCUGCGCAAUGUUCGGAGAACAAUGCUACACCUUCAUCCCCAACAACACCGCCCCUGAUGGGAGCCUGACGAGGGCAAUUGCAGGCCUGCAAUCCCUCAAUGCGAGGAUGAAAGAGCACUCUGGUGUGGACACAUCAGUGUGGGACAAAUGGAUGGAUGUUUUUGGGAAGUAUAAAGCCCUUGUGUCCUCCAUUUUGAUAUCAGUUGCAGUAUUUGCUGCUAUACUCACCUUGUGUGGAUGUUGUUGUGUUCCUUGCCUGCGUGCUCUGUUUAACCGUCUCAUCACUACAGCAAUAUCGCCCAUGGAGGACAAGAUGGCUCGGAUGUACCUAAUGUCUGAGCGACAAGAUGAUGACGAUGAUGAUGAUGUCGGCGGAGAGGCACAGGGGCAGCUCGUGUCAAGGGGGAGUGGCCUUCAGCGGGCAAGUGCUGUUCUGAGCGUCAAACGAUCGAAUAUUCACCAGAAGAAUGGAAGGCACGGCCGGGCGAGCAGGGUUGGCCGCCAGCCUGGCCCGGAUGCCCCCGCGCUUGACCCUCUUCAGCCUCCUCGCACUCCGCUUUCGACGCUAAAGGACACGGCAUCCAGGUUUGGAGAUUGCUGCCGGGAACGAGGCUGCCAACCAUCUAAGAACAGACUCUGCAUUCCUGGGGUCACAGAUCGGCCAAGGCCAUGCGGCCUCGCACCACACAACAUUAUUAGCUAGCUGAAACAGCGUUGCUACAGUCACACUCUCCCCUCCCUUUAGUGUAGCAACGCCUCUUGUAACCAGGGCAACCCAAAGUAAAAAGAGGAGAUAGCGGUGGGGGAAGUCCAGAAUUGGUGGAGGACUGUGAACUGGGCCUUCUACCUAAUUCUCCUCGCGAGCAAAAGAAUACUGGUUGUCUUCUCCUCUUAGU